UUUAAAGAUGGCCAAAAUGUCAGAUAACAUUGUUUUUGAAGUUCGAAAUAUGAGAAUCGCAUGAGCAGCAAAUCUGAUAACUGAAUGUUGAACUUGCAUCUGUAUGCACUUUUUUAAAUUAUAUUUUAUCCAUGUGUGUUUUGAUAUUUUCACAAAAUUUUGAAAACAAUAUUGAAAACGGAAUUGCACUCAGUUUUGGAUAUAUUUAUAGGCACAUUUAACUAGUUGCUAGUGACAUUUAUUGUAAAUAGUUUAUAACCUUUUCUUAUAAACGUGAAAUGUCGCGGUUACCGAUGAUUCUGGUCGCCUUGUGCUUGCUGUCCACGUGGCCGUGCGGCGGCCAAAUAUCCCGUCGACGUCUCCGGAACCGCGGAAACACCCCGCGUCGUAACGAUCCAUCCUCGGGUCUACCCACGCACCUGCAACAGGCUUACUACAGCGCGGUCAACGAGGAUGACGGCUCAAACCAGCCGCCCGCCUCCACAACCGUCCGCUCUACAACAACAACGAGCCCAACAACAACAACAACAAUUACAGUGGCGCCAACGCGGGCCGACAGGCCGGGGAACUUUCCGGAUGACGAUGAUGCCGCAUCUACUAACCGCCAGAACAACCUCCGCUGGGGCACACUCGCCCCCACACCGCCGUCACCGGAAAACGUCGACUGCAUCGUCGAAGUUCAGGAGACUCGUUGGGAAGGUGGAAAGUGCACGCUCCUGAGCGGCCGCAGCCAGCGCUACGUGUGUCAAAGCGGCCCUUACAUCGCGUUCUCUCCAGUGUGUAAUCAGCGGGUUUACGCAUUACGCCGACUCCGUGAAGAAGAGGCCCGUUUGUCCCAGGAGACGGCUCAAGACGUCGCCGACGGCCAGGAAAUCGGAGGCCAGGAAUUACCGGCCUCGAUCACCGGGAGCGAUUUCCAGGGGCAGAUCACUGAACUGGCUCCCGAUAUCACACCAGCGAGCUCGGACAGUCUUUCACAAAGACGAUAAUUGAUUUAUUUGAAAGCUUUAAAACAAUAUCUAUCAAAGUCAAUCACAUUCUUUUUUUGGAAGAUGGUAUAUUCAUGUGUACAUAUUAACUUAUAAUGGAUAGACUAUUUGAGCAUUCUUGAAGUUUAUUCAGUACUACUUAUACGUAUAAACUAGUAUUACUAUUUCACUGCUUAAGUAAUAGUUAGAUGACAUGAAUUAAGACCUUAAUUAUUAAGAAUGGGCAGAGUGAGCGUACAUAAUUAUGACUUAGAAUACAACCGCAUUGGCUGAUACAUGUAAACGCAAAAUCUGACGCAGGAAGUGUGUAUCGGAUGAGUGACAGUAGGUAGACCUUUAAUCACCCACGAAGGUUGAACUUCUUUAUGAUUAAGCGUAGUACUAUCUGCAAUUUCAAUGGCUGAGAACAUGUUGUAUUCUAAGUUCUAAAUCUUCAGCGAAUGAAAUUGCAAAUAAAACGACGAAUAAAA